CUGGUGUGACCCGGAUGUUAGCUGAGUGGACACGCCGCCGCUGCUGUUGCGUGAAGUCCGACCGACGUGUGUGAGAUUUCUGGAUGGUUGUCCGCGGCGAGCUGACGCGGAGGAAAACACAAAGAAAACGCCGAUGAGACAAGUUGAUUAAUUAAGAUGAGAGCGGUCUGCCGGCCGGCAGCAGAGAGGAGAGAAGCGUCUUUGGAGGGCAGCUAACCCGCUGAUGGCCUGCCAGUCGCUCUGUGCAGUCAUGGACGAGCAGGCCCUGCUGGGACUCGACCCCAACGCCGACGCCCCCUACAGGCAGCGGGCCAUGGCUUACUUCGAGCAGCUGAAGGAGUCUCAGGACGCGUGGGAGGUCUGCGCCGAGGCCCUCGCCAACGGGCUCUACAGCGAUGACCACGUCAAGUUCUUCUGCUUCCAAGUCCUGGAGCACCAGAUCAAGUUCAGACACGCUGGUCUGAGGUCAGUUCAGCAGCAGCUGAUCAGAGAGACUCUGAUGAAGUGGCUCCAGGCGCAGCUGAUGAGCCCUCAGCCUGAGAAGCCCUUCAUCAGGAACAAGGCGGCUCAGGUCUUCGCCCUCACCUUCGUCAUGGAGUACCUGACUCUGUGGCCCAAGUUCUUCUUCGACGUCCUGUCCCUGGUGGGCCUGAACCCCCACGGCGUGGACGUCUACCUCAGGACCCUCAUGGCCAUCGACGCUGAGGUGGUGGACAGAGACAUCCUCCACCUACCUGACGAGACACGUAGAAACACCUUGAUCAAAGACCACAUGAGGGAGCAGUGCAUCCCCCACCUGGUGGAGUCCUGGUUCCAGAUCCUGCAGACGUACCAGCACUCCCACCCGGAGCUCACCUGUCAGUGUCUGGAGGUGGUGGGGGCCUUCGUGUCCUGGAUCGACCUGAACCUCAUCGCCAACGACCGCUUCGUCAACCUGCUGCUGAGUCACAUGUCGGUGGCCGAGCUGCGAGAGGAGGCCUGCGACUGCCUGUUUGAAAUAGUCAACAAAGGGAUGGACCCCGUGGACAAAACCAAGCUGGUGGAGUCCCUGUGUGGAGUCCUGCAGUCAGCGGGCUUCUUCAACGUGGACCAGGAGGAGGACGUGGACUUCCUGGCCAAGUUCUCCCGCCUGGUGAACGGGAUGGGUCAGAGUCUGGUCCUCAGCUGGACCAAACUGUCCAAGGGAGGCAACGUGAAGGACGCGGCGGAGACGCUGCAGGCGCUGGAGACCAAAGUGCCGCUGCUGCUGCGCCUGCUGGUGCACGAGGACGACGACAUCUCAGCCAACAUCGUCUGCUUCUGCUACGAGUACCUACACGUCCUCAAGCAGCUCCCCCAGCUGACGGACCAGCAGCAGACAAACAUGGAGGCCAUCAUGCUGGCUGUCAUCAAGAAACUGACGUACGACGACGAGUACAACUUUGAGAACGAGGGAGAAGAUGAGGCCAUGUUUGUGGAGUACAGGAAGCAGCUGAAGAUGCUGUUGGACCGACUGGCUCAGGUUUCUCCUGAGCUGCUGCUGAAGGCCGUACGGCGAGUCUUCAACAGCACCAUGCAGACCUGGCAGACGGCGGCCUUCAUGGAGGUGGAGGUGGCCGUGCGCCUGCUCUACAUGCUCGGCGAGGCGCUGCCGGCGUCGCAUGGCGCCCAUUUCACCGGAGACACGGCCAAGACCAGCGCCCUGCAGGACAUGAUGAGGACGCUGGUGUCGUGCGGCGUGAGCAGCUACCGGCACAGCUGCGUGUCUCUGGAGUUCUUUGAGACCGUCGUCAGAUACGACAAGUUCUUCCUGGUGGAGCCUCAACACAUCCCCAACGUGCUGAUGGCGUUUCUGGACCAGAGAGGACUGAGACACAGCAGCCCAAAGGUCCGCAGCAGAGUGGCUUACCUCUUCUCCCGAUUCAUCAAGACGCUGCAUAAACACAUGACCGCUUUCGUCGAGGACAUCCUGACCCGGAUCCAGGACCUGUUGGAACUGGCUCCUCCUGAGAACGGCCUGCUGGCGCUGCUGACCAGCGACGACCAGCUGUUCAUGUUUGAGACGGCGGGCGUGCUGAUCGUGAACGCCGAGUGUCCGGCGGACCGGAAGCAGGCGAUGAUGAGGAGUCUGCUGCUGCCGCUGAUGGACGCCUUCCGCCUGGUGCUCGCCAAGUUGCCACGGGAGACGGACGAAGAGCGGCGAGCCGCGCUGGUCGACUGCCUGAGUCACGCCGUCGGGUUCGCCAGUCGGACGAGCAAGGCCUUCAGCAACAAGCAGACGGUGAAGCAGUGCGGCUGCACCGAGGUGUACCGCGACUGCCUCCACGCCUUCCUGCCGGCGCUCAGCUGCCCCGUGCGGCGGGGGUCUCUGCGCAGCUCGGUGCGCUCCUUCCUGCACCGCAUGAUCAUCUGCAUGGAGGAGGAGGUGCUGCCCUUCAUCCCCAGCGCCUCGGAGCACAUGCUGAAGGACUGCGAGGCCAAGGACCUGCAGGAGUUCAUCCCGCUCAUCAGCCAGAUCACCGCCAAGUUCAAGCAGCAGGUGUCUCCCUUCCUGCAGCAGGUCUUCAUGCCGCUGGUGCUCGCCAUCUUCGGCGUGCUGGCGCGGCCGGCGGAGGACAACGACCAGGCGGCGGCGCUGGAGAAGCAGAUGCUGAGGAGGAGCUACUUCACCUUCAUCCAGACGGUGGCCGGGAGCGGCAUGAACGAGGUGAUGGCCAACCAGGGAGCAGAGAACAUUGAGCGCGUCGUCUUCACCAUCAUCCAGGGCGCCGUGGACUUCCCCGACCCCAUCGCCCAGAAGACCUGCUUCGUGGUCUUGUCCCGGCUGGUGGAGCUGUGGGGGGGAAAAGACGGCAUGCCAGGAUUCCCCGACUUUGUCUACAAGCAUGUGGUUCCCGCCUGUUUUCUGGCUCCCCUCAAGCCGACCUUUGACCUCUCAGACGCGCAGACCGUCCUGACGCUGUCUGAGUGCGCGCUCACGCUGAAGAUGAUUCAUCUCAAGAGGGGGCCGGAGUUCAUCCACUUCCUGCAGCAGGAAUACUUACCUUCACUCCAGGUGUCGCCGGAAAUCUCUCAGGAGUUUUGUCAAGUCCUUCAGCAGCCGGACGUCAAAGUGCUGAAGAGCUACAUGAAGGCGUUCUUCCAGCGAGCCCGGCUGUAGGCGAUUGGAGGACUCGAGCUACAGGAAGUGACACGUCACAGGAAGUGACCACAAUAGGACCCGUAACCUAGGAGACGCUCCAGCACGGAGGUGGAGACGGGAGGCUGAAGGACUGAUGGAGGUCCCACAUGAAGCAGAGCGGAGUGAAGCAUUCUGGGAAAACUCCAGUAAAACCAUCAAACUCUUUUCACCACGUUGGACUUUUCUUUGGAGAGAAAAAAGGGCUGAAGUUUGUUUAGUUUGAAGUUUCUGCGUUUUAUUUCACAAGCGGUUUUCUCUUAACUUCAGAUGGAAAUGAAAAUAAAAUGGAACAAAAUGUAAAUAAGAGGUUAAGGUGUUAAAAGUGUAAAUACGGAUGUGAGGUUACUUUUCUAAUCUUCAUUCCCAUCUGGAAGCUGAACGAGGAUCCUCAGAAUGAUUAAAUGACCCUGGAUUAGAAGAACAUGCUUUUACUUUGAAAGGUGCGUUUGAAUUCAUUACGGAACCCGAGGAGGAAAUCUGACACUAAAGUGUGAAAAUCACAAAUAACACGUUUAAACACGUCUUAGUAUUUUUAGUUAUUUGUUAGUUUUCAUAGAUGACUCGCUUUCUCACAUUAUGACUUUAAUGACCUUUUUUUUAAAUAUAAUUUGUAGAAGAUUUUUAUUUUGCAUCUCAAAAUAAGUGAAUUUUAAAACCAAUGAAUUCACGAAUGUUUCAUUUAAUUUACAUUUAAACAAAAAAAAAUAUUUUUCUGUUCAAGAAGUUGAGAUUUGUGGUUGGAUUGAUGUGAUCAAUACUGUGGGCGGAGCCUCUCACCAAGUCCAGGGACUAUUUUCAGCGGCGGAUUAAUAUGUAGAAAAUCACUAAAGUACUUUAAAUGUAGUAAGAGCUUUACAUUAGCAUCAACUAAAGUGUUAGCUUAGCAUAAAGACUGGGAGCAGAAUACGGUUUAUGCUUCAUGUUUUAUUUAUUUUUCAGAUCCCUCAGACACUGACGUGAUGUUUUGUGUUCCAGUAUUAAAGGACAAAGGUUCUAUUUUCAUUUGGUCUUCAGAACUGAAGCUUAAACCUGAACCAAU